CGUUAUAUAUCAGCCAUACCAACCUUCAGACUUCUUUUCCAUUAUACCAUUUCCUAUUUUCCUUCACUUUCCUUCCUUUUCUUUUCUUUUCUCUUCCUUUGCAUGGACUGCAACUACUACUGCUAUAUCUUUCUUUAAUUUAAUAUUUCUUUCUUUGAACGAAAACAAGAUGUCUAGGAGUUGCUCUCAGUGUGGAAAUAACGGCCAUAACUCGCGUACAUGCGGGGAGAGUGCUGGCGGUGGUGGUUCAACUGGCGUCGCCGCCGCCCCUUCUGCCACUGGUGAGAAUGGUAUUAUGCUUUUUGGCGUAAGAGUAACAACUGAAACCGGCGCUUCCUUUCGAAAGAGUGUUAGUAUGAAUAAUCUUUCCCAAUAUGAACAGCCUCAAGACCCCAACGCUGAUGUUGCUGCCGGUUACGAAUCCGACGACGUCGUUCAUGCCUCCGCCAGGAGCCGCGAACGCAAAAGAGGAGUGCCAUGGACAGAAGAAGAACACAGGCUGUUCCUAUUAGGCUUGCAGAACGUAGGGAAAGGAGAUUGGAGAGGAAUUUCAAGAAAUUUUGUGAAGACACGUACUCCAACCCAAGUGGCUAGUCAUGCUCAAAAAUAUUUUCUCCGGCGGCACAACCAAAAUCGCCGUCGCCGCCGAUCUAGUCUUUUCGACAUAACCACCGAUACAUUCUUAGGCUCAUCAAUCGAAGAAGAACAAAUCCAUCAAGAAACAGCAACUCGACCACUACCACCACAGCCACACUUGACCGGAGGAUUCCCGAUAUCAACUUUCCCUGUAACACUUACUCCUGUUGUAUUACCGUCGGUGACAACCGGCGAAAAUUCAAUGGAGAAGCUUUCAUUGGGGUCAAUUAGUAGCUCCAACGCUAAAACGACGUCGACAAAGUUAAUUCGCCCAAUACCAAUAAUUCCAGUUCCUCCGUCAUCUAAAAUGGCUGAUCUCAACUUGAACCAGAAAAGUCCAACCAAGGAAACUUUACCGCUAUCAUUGAAACUCUCUACUCCAUCCUCCUCCGAUGACCAGUCGUCGCCAGCGGCACAUUCUUCAGCUUUUCAGACCAUGUCUGGCGGUGAUAGUAUAAUCAGUGUUGCUUGAAAGAAUAUAUGCAUAAAUGAGGAUAGAUAUGUAAUUCUGUAAAGGACUUGUUUUUAUGGAAUAAUAAUAAUUAAGGAAGUAAAAAAGGAUUAAUUAGUAGAAAUUAAUUAAGAGUUAGGUAAGGUUUAGUUAGGUGAUUUAGGUUAUUCCUUGUUUGUACAGCUUUAAAAGAGAAGGGCAAAAAUGAAAAAAGAAAUAAAUAAAUGGGAUUGUUGUUUAAUUUUGUAA